AUGGUCUUAAAACCUAUAUUGAAACAAGAUAGACAACAGUACAUGAAUGCAUUUCAUCAAUUGUACGACUCAAGUGAUAUGCAAUAUCUUUCAGAGAUUUUACUUCCAAUUAAGGAUGCUAUUUUGUCAGUUGAAGCAAAUCAUUCUACACUUGCUGACUAUCAACUUUGUCAUAUUCAAAUUAUAAAAAUAAUUUCUAUAAUAAUGUCUGAUAUUGCAGAAACAGUUUUUAAAGAAUUUGAAGAAGAAAGAUUAGUGGAAGAAGAAGACAUAGAAUUGUCUAAUCCUACUGAAGAUCUUUAUUCUAAUGAACUAGAUUUAAAUUUGAAUGUUUUAAAUUUUAUUGAUCUUUGUUCUUCAGUUUUUACAAACUCUGAAGAUCGUUAUGAAAAUGAGGUAUCAAAUAAAAUCGAGUCAGAUGAUGAUUUACAAGAAAAUGAAUAUGACGUAGAUAAAAUUGUUUCUAGACAGUUCAACGAUUCAUAUUAG